AAUAAACACCCUCCAUUUAUUGGCGUUUCAUUACCUCUUAAAGACUUAAACGCUAUAUAUGUUCAUGUAAACAUCUAUUCAGCGUUUACUUGUCAGGGCGCUUACAGUAAAGGCUUCGUCUGUCAAAAUGCCCAGAGGAGGUAAGAAAGGUGGCCAUAAGGGUCGCGUGCGGACGUACACCAGCCCCGAUGAGAUAGACGCCCAGAUGAAGGCAGAGAAGGAGAGGAAAAAGCAAGAGCAGGAGGCGGAGGAGGCGGGUGCAGCUCCGAACGACACGGCAGAGGAGAAGCUACCAGCGUCAGGAUCAGAUGACAGCGAUGAUGAAAAUUCCCUGAGGAGGAGAGCGGGUGUGGAGGGCUUGAUAGAGAUCGAGAACCCCAACAGAGUGGCUCAGAAGUCCAAGAAGGUGACACAGAUUGAGGUGGAUGAGCCCAGGCAGUUAUCAAGGAGAGAGAGAGAGGAGAUUGAGAAGCAGAAGGCCAAGGAGCGCUACAUGAAGAUGCACUUGGCAGGGAAGACGGACCAGGCCAAAGCUGACCUUGCUCGCCUUGCCAUAAUCAAGAAACAGAGAGAAGAGGCGGCAAGAAAGAAAGAAGAAGAGAAAAAGGCUAAAGAUGCAGCGGCAGCAGCAGCUAGAGGAGUAAGCUCCCUCUCACUGAAAUGAUGAAGAGUAUUUAUCAGAGGCAUUUUCACAUGUUCAUGGACUGGCGCAAUAUAUAUAUAUUUGACUGAGGAGGAGCCAUGCUGUUGACAUUACUGUAAAAUAUGACCAUUUGUAAAAUGGUUAAGGAGACACCAGUGGAGAGAGGGGUUGUGAAUAUUUUGGCAUGGAGUAAUGGCCUCCUUGUUCCCUCCAGGAAGUAAAGCUACAAUUGAGAAUACAUCGGCCUUCAUGUACAUUCAGAAUGAACCUCUUCUAACCUAUGAUCUUGUACAUGUACAAUAAUGGUAUACUUAUCAUUGUACAAUUGCAACUUUGCUAACAGAGCAUUGCCACUAUGUUUUUUUUUUGGGAUCUUACAUUGUAUAUAACUGAUUCAUGAAAAUACUUCAGAUUAAUAUGAUGAAACCAGUUAAAUGUGCCCAUUUCUUUAUUAACUUUAUUUCCCUGUGACAAAACUGUCACCACUGGUUUAGAGCAGGAUUUACCGGCCUCAGGUGCAGGAGUCCCUGUUGGGUCUGCUGAUAUGAAAAUGAGAUGAGUCAAUAAAGCAGAUGUUUAUUUUGGAAAAGUAGUAGUAGAAUCUGGCAGUGCAGAAAAGUCUUUGCAACAGCACUUUCAGAAUAUACUAAAUAUAACUGAACAGUUAAAUCUGUUAAACGAAUGAAUAAUAAAAUGGCCCUGACAUUAGUUUCAGAUCAAGAACAACUAAGAGGUCAAAGAUGUUAAUAUGACGAUGACGAAUGUAUUAAGUGGUACACGACGCAGAAGUGAGUUUGAUUUUUUUUUGCCAGACAGGAUUAAAGGCUGGGUUUUAGUCUCGGAGCCAGUGUGUAUAAAGCUGCUCAGAGUAAAGUGUCAGUGUUAAGUUCAUCGAAAUUAAGUCAGUAGGCAGCAGCUACACAGUCUCUGUAUUUUGAAAAUGCCUGAUACAGAAGGUGUGUCCCAAUAACCGCAGUCCCUGUACAACACACAAGUUCAUGACUUUGAUGGAUUCAGUAUUGAUACAAUCAAAUGUUCACAUUAACCACGUCUGUUUCAAUAAGGAAAUGUGCACUAUGUUUGACAUCGGCUGAGCUGUGAAGGAUGCAGGUGAGUUUGAAUGCCAAUAAAACAUAAAAAUGACAAAUCUGUAAGUAAACAUUUUUAUGGAAAGGUUUUCGACCCCUGAGUUCUCUGUUUUAGAACAAUAAAUCAAUAAACAUAUCGUUAUUUUA